UGCUGCGACGCGGAAAGCCGGUUAGUCGGUCUCAAUCCGCCGUGGCGUUCGUGUUAAGGACUGCGGCUCUGAGCAACGAAGCUCCGAUCCGAUUCGGACUAGCCGCGAAAAACUGAUUUAAAAAAAAAAAAAAAAAGACAAAGAAAAUUUGAUUCGAAACAACGCGGGCUCGUCGCGCGUCCAUCCGUCACAUCAUCGAUCCGGCGCGAAUUGCCGAGCGGAAAAUUCUUUUGUUUCUCGAGUGUGCCAUCUCUUUCUCUCUCUCUCUCUCUGUUUCCAGUGUGUUGCAUAUUGGUGUCACGGUGCACGUGGCUGCAAUUUGUAUUCGAGUUCGGUAUACCCGGACCUGCGCAGAGAAGAUGUCAACGUGACUGGGCCAAUUGAAAAGAGUCGUAAGAGAUGCCGUAGUUGUCGCUAUGAGCGAGAGCCGGUGCUACACGGAUUCGCUCGUGCUCGCCGAACAUCAGCCCUUCAACCGUAAUGGGAAGGCGCUCAGGGGAUCUAAGAAGAGCGUGCUGUUUUAUACGACCGACUGCGGGGAUGAAAAAGAGGACUUAGGUCUCAAGCUUCAGCAACGAUCUGUCUCGUUGACCGCAUUACACACGGGAGUUGGCACUCAGCAACAGCUGUUGGAACCAAGAAUGGCGCAAUUGGAAACCCUAGAGGCUAAGAUGGCCAGUAUAGAGGUGUCUCUGUCGACGACUCCGAGGCGGAAAAAAGGCGGCAGUGUUUCCGGAGGCGUUACCUCCCCCGCUCAUCGGAAUAGAGAUCAUUAUAAGGAAUUGGACGCUCUCCGAAUCGCUCUGCGUGACAAAGAAAACAUCAUACAGACGCUCAAGGGCCAGCUUUGCAACACGCUGAGCAAUAGACUGGCAUUACGCAAUGGCGCGCCACCCUUGACCGAGGCCGACAGGAAAGCGGCCGAGGAACGACUUCAAAGGUUGCGACGGGACGCCGACAAUAAGCGACUGGCUAUUAAGAACCUGAAGCUGGCGCUUGAGCGUCUCGACAUUACAGAUAAUAUCGAUGUUCGAAUACAACAAGCGGAAUUGGAAUACAGACUAGGUCGCGAGGAACUCGAACUGUUGACUCUUCACGAGGAGAGCAGAGCUCUUCAAACUGCUUUGGAAUUGGCCGAAACUCAAGAAAAGCAAAAGAAUGAUACAAUAUUCAGCUGCAUUUCCGGUUCGACGCAAGUUACGAUCCACGCGGUAGAAGUCAGCGCGGAUCCGAAAAGUCCUCGUUUUGGGGCCGGGCCAAGAGACGACGCAAUCGGUCUCUACGUCGACUGGGCCGUAGAAGAUUCCGGUCUUUGUAAGGGAGACAGAAUCUUGGAAGUAAAUGGGAAACUAGUGGUAGGAGCGGGUAGGAGCGAUUUGGCGCGGCUUCUAGCCGUUGCACCUGACGCUGCGCAAAUUGUAGUUCUGCGAAAAGGCGAAUCCCUGGCGGCAUUGCGCACGUUACGCUCCGAUAAUCUCAGAUUGACACACAGGAUCGGUUAUCUCGAGGAACAGGUCAGAGAUCUCUUGGCGCCGAGCAGAACUGAGGUCCCCACCGAAGAGCCCUCGCCGAAUCGUCAAGAGCAUGUACAGAAAGAUUUUAAAAAAUAUCUCACAGAAGAAAAAAACUUGGUUUUUCAAAAAGGCCCUCAAGUAACGGCGUUGGUGGCGAAUCUACCUGGUCUCAACAUGAGAAGUUGUACGGAACUACGGCAGAGUUUGCCGACUGUCAGAAGUAGACACAGUGAUCAUUCUAGACGUCUCACAGAUUCUAGAAACCAGCGUGAGCUAGAUUUCUCGUCCGACGGUGUUUCGAACGGUCAUCACAAAUCACGAAAUAGGCAGAAACAUCAAGGAUUACAGCUGGCCAGAUCAACGGCCAGCCUCGACUGUAAGCAGUCACUGACGCAGUCGCAGGUGCAACGACGAAGGUCACCGCGCGCCGAAUCUGCUAUGGAGCACUUGCAUAAAAGUCGCAAGAGCAUUUCACAAUUGCAGUCUUUAGAGUUUGACUCCGAGCCGACUUACUAUCGCUUACAGGAUUCUCAGUCUCGCGUGUCAGAAAAUUCAGAGGCAUCGGUGGCAUAUGCUAGCUCCCAGGAAACAAAGAUGCGCCCGGCACCGCCGAAGAAGCCGUUGCGACUCUCCCUGCAUCGUGCAGCGAGUCUCCAGUCUGUGGAAAGCGCACCACCGAUCACAUCGCAGCACGACAUGGCUCGAAAACCAACAAAGAGAAAUCAUCGCGGUGAUCCACCGGUGGAGAAGAGCAUAUCUCGGCAUCUCGAGGCGAACGGCGGGGAUACGAAUUCAAACUUGCAAGAGUCUCUCGUUAGUCCGCCUCAACCGCCUCCGAGAACACCCUCCAGAGCGGAAUCGUGUCAAAGUGCACUGCGAUGGCCUUCUCCAAAGCCGAGACCGCAUUUGACAUCCGUACCGAUGGAAAAGUGGUGCUAAACAUUACGAAUCUGCAUUUUUCGGACAGAUAAAACAGAAGGAGAAAAGAAGGAUAAGCAGAAAUAUUCUCUAAAGCGAUAAUUCUGAGGGCACAUAUCAAAUUUAUAUAAUAAAUAAUGCAGUUACUGUAAUUAUUCUAUAACUGCAUAUUAAUAAUGAAGAAAAGAUUGAUUAAUGCUGUGUGAAAAUGAAAUCUUAUAUAAAGUAUGUUAAACGUUUUAACAUUAAAAUGCAUGUUUAUGACCUUUACUUUUAGCAUCAAUACUGUUACAGACUAAGAAUGCAUAUAUAUUGGUUUGUAAGUUUUUUUUUUAUAUUUUUGUAAAAUAGUAAUAAGUUACUGUGCAAAAAUAAAUUUCCGUUUCUUAAAAUUGCUUAAAAUUGCUAGUCUUAG